AUGUAUUGUCAAAAGUGUCGCACACCACUCAAGCUGGACAGUUCCCUUGAGGAGCUGAAUCCAGCCGCGUACGAUCUCCUCGUCGGUCAGCAAAAGCCCCCCAUCCGGCUCGGUUCACCUAAGAAGACAGCCUCUUCACGACCAUACCACCCCCAAGAUGGCCAAAGAAAGGUUCUCUACGACAAAGUAUCCCAAAAUUCGGCAUCGGCGACCUUUAAACGCCACGGCAGCGGUCCGUCGAACUCGGCGCAACGAGACUCUAGCAUGUCCUUCAUCUACCUCACGGAAUCACAAGUCGCCCAGCCCGUUCUCUCCCGACCCGACCCCUCUCCAGCGAAUUCGAAGUCCUCCAGAGGCACGAAGGGCGGCUCGAAGGCUCAAGAUGAACAACGUGGCGGCAGCAAGGCACACGAGAUGGAGCGCAUCAGCAAGCUGUUCGAGAUUCUUUCCGCGCGAUCCGAUAUUGAUCAUCCUAUAUGUGUUGAAUGCACCGACAUGCUCGUAGAGGGCCUGCAAAAGAAGCUCGAGAUCGCCGCAAGGGAACGCGAUGCCUACGUCGGAUUUCUGAAACAAGUGCAGAGCGAUCAGCCCAGCGAGGAGGAUAUCAAAGCACAGGACGAGGCUUUGAGGAAAGCAAAGAAGGCCGAGGCCGAGGCGAUGGCUGAGCUUUUGCGUUUGGAGAAAGAGAAGGCGGCUGUAGAUGCCGAAAUCAUUGCUUUGGAGGAGGAAUCUCAGCAACUCGACCGCGAAGAGGAGCAGUUUUGGCGCGAACGGAAUGCCUUCGCCACAAAGCUUGCCGACUUCCAGAACGAGCGCGACAGCACCAACUCCAAAUUCGACAACGAUGCUCAGCUUCUUGAGAAGCUACAACGCUCCAACGUCUACAAUGACACCUUCUGUAUCAGCCACGACGGCACUUUUGCUACUAUCAACGGGCUGAGGCUGGGCCGACUUUCCAACAAGCCGGUUGACUGGCCUGAGAUCAAUGCGGCAUGGGGACAUGCGCUUCUUUUGCUUGUCACUGUGGCAGAUAAGCUAGGUUACAAGUUCGAUGGCUUUGAGCCGCAGCCUAUGGGAAGCACCUCGAAGAUUAUUCGAUACGAGCUACCGUCCCCGACUGCCAGCCGUCUAGGUUCGCACCGGAACGCGCCACCGCCAGCCCCAAAGAAGCACGUCCUGGAGCUUUUUUCCAACGGAGAUUUGCCUCUUGGCCUGACUUUUAUGCACCGCAAGUUCGACAAUGCCAUGGUGGCGUUCCUUGAACUAGUGCGGCAGCUUGGUGCUUUCGUGCAUAGGCAGACAGCCGCCGACGGCCAUCCUCUCAGUCUUCCUUACAAGAUUGAAGGUGACAGAAUCAUGGACGUUAGCAUCAAGCUCGGCAUUGCUCAAGAUGAUGGCUGGACAAAGGCGUGUAAGCUUACCCUAACGUGCUGCAAAUUCCUGCUUGCGCAUGCUAGCAACGUCAAUACAACCGCAAGGGCUGCCAAUAAUCAAUAA